AUGUGUUUCUCUGUAAAUGAAACUGCUUUUCUUGGCCUACAGAUCUUGACGCAACAACUGAUUCAUUCUUCAACUGUGGACGAAUCUGAGCAUCAGGACCCGAGCAACAGAAACAUGCAGUGGAAGUGGAGGCACUGCUGUACAAGCAUAGCUGGACUUCUAGUUUUGCUCUUGUGUGUGGGAGUGUUCCUCAUCGUCAGCGAACACAGCCUGCUGGCAGGAAAGAAGAGCCACCAGGAGUACGGUGUAACUCACAUACCACCAAGGUCUGAGGGAAACCUCAGCUCCAUUCUGGAAGACUCCUCCCAGCAAGGGCUGAAGAACUCUGUGGAAUCUAAUGCCAGUUUAAGCGAGGAGGUAAGAGCAGGUAAUAUCCCUACGAUAGAACCCUACAACUACAUUAUCAAUGAAGAAGACAAGUGUCAGGAAAAGAAUCCCUUCUUAGUGUUACUGAUUACCGUUGAGCCCCAGAAUGUUCAAGCCAGGGAUGCCAUUAGGCAGACGUGGGGGAAUGAGAGCGUGGCUGAGGGCUUGGGGUUUGUGCGGCUCUUCCUUUUCGGCAUGACAGAAGGACUUACCAGCCAACUGCAGCGCUCCAUAGAGGCAGAGUCUCAACAGCAUCAUGACAUUAUCCAGCAAAAGUACAUAGACACAUAUUACAACCUUACCAUCAAAACACUAAUGGGAAUGCAUUGGAUAGCAACGUACUGCCCUGGGGCCAGUUAUGUCAUGAAGACAGACAGCGACAUGUUUGUCAAUACAGAAUAUCUCAUCCAAAAACUUCUCAAUCCAAACCUUCCGCAAAAACGAAAGUAUUUCACUGGGUAUCUCCUGCGUGGUGAGCCCCCACAUAGAAACAAAGACAGUAAGUGGUACAUGUCGCCGGAGCUGUACCCCAACCACGUGUACCCUACUUUUUGCUCAGGAACUGGAUAUGUCAUCUCAGGCGACCUGGCAGAGCUGAUCUACAGGACUUCUCUGAGCACACGAAGGCUGCAUCUUGAGGAUGUUUACGUAGCGAUCUGCUUGGCAAAACUGAGGAUAGAACCAGUUCCUCCGCCCAACAAAUCCCUAUUCAAUGUCAACCGGAUCUUGACGCAACAACUGAUUCAUUCUUCAACUGUGGACGAAUCUGAGCAUCAGGACCCGAGCAACAGAAACAUGCAGUGGAAGUGGAGGCACUGCUGUACAAGCAUAGCUGGACUUCUAGUUUUGCUCUUGUGUGUGGGAGUGUUCCUCAUCGUCAGCGAACACAGCCUGCUGGCAGGAAAGAAGAGCCACCAGGAGUAUGGUGUAACUCGCAUACCACCAAGGUCUGAGGGAAACCUCAGCUCCAUUCUGGAAGACUCCUCCCAGCAAGGGCUGAAGAACUCUGUGGAAUCUAAUGCCAGUUUAAGCAAGGAGGUAAGAGCAGGUAAUAUCCCUACGAUAGAACCCUACAACUACAUUAUCAAUGAAGAAGACAAGUGUCAGGAAAAGAAUCCUUUCUUAGUGUUACUGAUUACCGUUGAGCCCCAGAAUGUUCAAGCCAGGGAUGCCAUUAGGCAGACGUGGGGGAAUGAAAGCGUGGCUGAGGGCUUGGGGUUUGUGCGGCUCUUCCUUUUCGGCAUGACAGAAGGACUUACCAGCCAACUGCAGCGCUCCAUAGAGGCAGAGUCUCAACAGCAUCAUGACAUUAUCCAGCAAAAGUACAUAGACACAUAUUACAACCUUACCAUCAAAACACUGAUGGGAAUGCAUUGGAUAGCAACGUACUGCCCUGGGGCCAGUUAUGUCAUGAAGACAGACAGCGACAUGUUUGUCAAUACAGAAUACCUCAUCCAAAAACUUCUCAAUCCAAGCCUUCCGCAAAAACGAAAGUAUUUCACUGGGUAUCUCCUGCGUGGUGAGCCCCCACAUAGAAACAAAGACAGUAAGUGGUACAUGUCGCCGGAGCUGUACCCCGACCACGUGUACCCUACUUUUUGCUCAGGAACUGGAUAUGUCAUCUCAGGCGACCUGGCAGAGCUGAUCUACAGGACUUCUCUGAGCACACGAAGGCUGCAUCUUGAGGAUGUUUAUGUAGCGAUCUGCCUGGCAAAACUGGGAAUAGAGCCAGUGCCACCGCCUAACAAAUUCCUGUUUAAUUUCAAGCGGGUCCCAUACUCCAGCUGCAAAUACAGCAAUCUGAUAACCUCUCAUGGGUUCCUUGCCACUGAGAUAAUAAAGUACUGGCAGGACCUACAGAGGGACAAGCACAAUGCCUGCGACAAUACAAGUUUGCAGGCUUAG